AUGAGAAAUUCAAUUUUUUUACUGUUAUUAUUUUGUUCUUUUAUUCUUCAUCUGAAUGGACAAGUAUCAGUCAACAGCCCGUUCGAAUUUCCGGAGGAAUUGGAAGAAGAAGAGGAAGAGAAAAGUCUUGAAAAAGAUAUUUUUGUGAUUCCGAACAGGUUUCCAAAGCGUUUGAAUUGGUUCUGCAAUCCGAGAAACGAAAUGAUGAGAGAUCGACUUUGUAUGGGAGAAAUUGAUGCAUUCGCAUUGGCAUGUGCUGAUGAUUCACCUCCAAUUCAAUUAGUUCCGUUCUGUUUGGGUUAUAAGCAUCAAUGCUCGAAAGCAAACUAUCCAUCUGAAGAUUGGUGUGAAAAAGAAUACAAUCACUACAAGAGAUUUUGUACUCAUUGCGAGAAGAAUCCCUGUAUUUCGUUUACUCACGAUAUCGACUGUUACUGUGAACCAUACGAUAAUAUCUGGCGUCGUUAUGGCUAUGAGACUGCUCGAUGGUGUCAGAAAUAUGAAUUGACAUGCGAUGAGAAGACAAGAAGAGACAAGGGAAAUGAGUUGAUUCAACUGAUGCAAGAUAGAAUUAAAGUUCAUUAUCGUUGCCUCCAUUUGUAUAAUUUGCCCCAAGUGAUUUGUGAUCCAUUCUCCACAAGAUUCGAUUGGUACAGGUGCAUGAAGUUUCUUUUCGAUUGUGAAUUGAUUUCCGAUUGGGAUGACGAUGAUUAUGAUGAUGCAGGUGUAAUAACUGGAGAUGAUACCUCUUCUCAGAAGAAACCACCACUACCUCCUAUUUCCAAGCCUAAAACUUCUCUCGUUGAACCAUCAAUAUCCGAUCAAGCUGAAACUCUGUUGAAGGGUGGUCUCUCAUCUCAACAACUCAAAGAAAAUGCAGCGAUUCGGGAGAAAGAAAAGCAGCUGGAAUCUGUACUCAAAAAGCCAUAA